AAUAGGUCCUGAUGAGAGCAGAGUUGUCAAAAUGCGCCACGGAGAUCUUCAAUCUCUUACGCUUACCCUCACCGUUCUUCUGCUCCUCACCGUGGCUCAACAAGUUACUCUGCAUCCUGAUAACACCACAAGUAAUCGACUUAAGAUCUUUGAUAUAAGAAGAUGAAAGAGGAAUGAUAUCCCAAAGAAAGGUUCCUGUCAUCUUCUUAUAUCGUUUCCAAUUUUCCAUUUUCUUAUUCCUAUAAUAAAAUCCCACGAUCCCGUAUCCCUGUAAAUUGAUCUCAGCCAAUCUUACUUUCUCAAAACACCGUAAAACCCAAAUCAACCAUUGAUAAUAGAGAUCACUCCUAAUUAAAUAAGAGCAGGAGACUAAAGAAUCGCAAACCAUUAUCCACCCUGUGUUGACUGAUGACUCCAUCGUAAUGAUAAUCGAGAUCCAUUGUCCCUCGAUCCAAAUCUUUACUUUCCUUAAAAUUCCGCAGAUCCCCUUUCUGAAACCUAAGUCGAUUCUCAAUCGACCCGAGAUACCGUCAUGAUAUGCCAUAUCAAGAUCUUGAUCAUGCCCGAACAAACCGAACCAAACUCCUACUCCAAUCCCCGGCUUCCAUCUUCGCAAAAUCAUAGAACCCUAGAUAUCCCGUUUCAUCGCCGUCGGCGAACUUUUUUUUUCCUUCUUUAGGACGCUUAAAAAAAAAUUAUUUAUUUUGUUAUUCUGCUUCUAAUUGGUUACAAUUAAUUAAAAAAAAAAAAUUAAGUAUACAAGCUUUUUAAAAAAGAAAUUACAAUAAAUAUAUAAAUAAAUUCUUUAAAAAUAUAAUUUUUUAAUGAAAAACUUUGAAAAUAAUUUUUUUUUUCAAAAAUAAAUUUGGAAAAAAGUAAAUUCGAAAAAAUAAUUUUAAAAUAAUUUAUAAUUUUUUAAAAAAAUAAAUUUUUAUUAUAUAUAUAGAGAACAAGUGUAUAAGAGUCUCUUGUCACUUAAUGAAAAUUUUUUUUUUUAAAAAAUAUCUCUUUAGUGGUGGCCAACAUGAAUAAUGGUACUAAGAAAAUAGUCAACAUGAAAAUUCUCCAACUAUUUUCCUAAAUCAUUUAUAAAUAUUUAAGAAUAAUUUAUAACUUUUUUUUAUAAAAGUUUAUAAAUUCGAUCCCACUCCCUAAAUACUAAUCCCUAAAAAUUAUUCACUAAACACUAAACCCAAAUGUUAUAGUAUUUUUGAAUGAGUGUAUUUUUGAAAAGUGGUAACAAACUUAUGGUAUUUCAAACAAUUGCUUUUGGAGGGUUUCAAGGUUUAUUUAUUUAAAAUGAACACAAUAUACAAAGAUUUUUUUAAAAAAUAUUUAUAAUAUAUAUUUGAAAUUUUCAUAUGAAAACAAAAACAAUAGUUUGUCAUAAAUGUUUUUAAUUUGCAAUGUAUAUAUUUAUAGAUAAUUAUAAAAAUGCACAUGUGCAAACAAAACACCUAGUAAAUAUAUUAUUUAUGAAGAAUUUUUAUUUAACUAAUUUGAACCGUCUUAUAAAAAUUUAAGUAUGACCAAUUAAUUUAUAUACCAUGAUGAAAUUUCUUAUAAACUUUUUGAUAAUAUGCAUAAUUGUUAAUAAAUAUGUUUUUCUAAAAUUUAAAAUCAAAAUUUUUGAUAGUGUAAGAAUAAUAAUAAAUCUUAAAUCAAACUAUUGAACUAACUAGAUUUUGAGAAACAUACCGAAGUUUAAUGUGUUUGUUUUUCACUAACUAGGUUGCUCUGGAACUAUAAAAAAGUGUCUAGUUCACAGUAUACGUUUUUUUUUAAAUUUACUCCCACUAUUUUGGGAUUUAAUUUUAUUAAGGUUGAUAAAAUAUUAGGUGAUUUUUUCGUGCUCAUACACGAAUAUAAAUAUUUAAAAAUUAAAUAUAUUAUAAAAAUUAAUUAAUAAUUUAUUUUAAUUUUAAAUAUAUUUUUAAUUAAAUUGUAAUUAAUAUGUAUGAUUUAUUUUUGUUCUAUUGAUUAAAAAUUUGAUUAUUUUUAUUUUCAUUUAAUUUGAUUAUUUUAUUAUAUUGUAAAUAUUUUUAGUAAAAUUAUGUAUAAUUUAAUAUAUGUUGUUUUGAGAAUCAAAUAGUAAAAAUAACUAAAGUGUUGAUCGAUUCAAUGUUACAUAAAUGAAUAUAACAACAACAGUCUCUUGAAACCUCAUGGAUAUAUAUAUUUUGUACAAAAGAACUUAAUUGAAAUAGUUGGUUAAUAUCUCUAUAAUAUUAUUUAAGAAUUUUAUAUUUAUGUAUUGAUAUGUUGAGUCGUUCUAUAAUAUCCAUGUAUUGAAAAUAAUACUAUAAAUAAUAAUUUAUUGUUCUUAGUUAAAUUUUUAUUUUAGACAAAAGAAUUGUAUUGAUCCAAUUUCUCAUUUUUUGGGUUUAUUGUGUUACAUAUAUUGUUUAAAUUAAAGUACAACUAUUUUUAAUCUCAUUUUGCCAAAUAUAGUUAAUUGUAUUCAUUGUAUUAGUUUUGUUCAUCAUCUUAGAUGUGUACGUAUAUUUUUAAUUUUUAAAAUAAUAUGGCAUAUGUUAAUUUUCAAAAAUAUUUGUUUUGAAAAAAAGUGAUGAUCAGUAUGAUUCUGCAUACAAAUAUAACUGAUAAAUUUUAAAAUGGAAGAUUAUUUCUUUACUUUAAUAUCAAGAUUAAUUUUGUAAAUCUCUUUUUUUAAUAAAUCACAUUAUAUAUAUAUAUAUAUAAUAUUUCCUAUACAAGUUUAUAAAUGUUUUCUUAUUAUAUAUGUUAUUUGGAAUUCUUGUAAAAGAUUUCUUCAAUAAAAAAAAGAAAGAAAAAUUUUCAUUCAUUAAGAUAUCUUAGUUUAUGUAAUUUAAUUAUUUCUUGUUGUAAUUUUAGAAAUAGAUUGAUUUUUAAAAAUACUUCUUACUUAUAAAAUAUAUAUAUUAUGUUGUGAAUUUUAUAUUUUAAAAGGAUGAUUGUUUCUUUACUUUAUAAUCAAGAUUAUUUUGUGAAUUUUCUUUUUUUAUGAAUCACAUUAUAUAUAGAAUCUAUUUUUGUUUUUAAAUUUUAUAAAUGUUCUUUAUUAUAAGGUUUUCUUUAAAAAAAACAAAGAAAAUGAAAACCUAGAUAAAGAAGGAAAAAGAAAACAAAAUAGAGUUUUAUAAUAUUAUUAAAGGUACCGCUGUAAUUAACUGUUGUAAGAAAAAAUAAAACAAAAUAUAUUUUAAAUAAUGAAAAUUAUAUAUAUAUUUGAUUCAUUAACGGUGCCGCUGUAAUUAACUGUUAUAAGAAUUAACAUGAAUACAACAUGUAGGAAACUGAAUUCUAAAAUAAUAUUGUAGAAAUUGACUUGAAUUUAAACUUAAUAAACGAAAUGAGAUUGGAUGAUUUUUGCUUUCUUUGUUCAAAAAAAAAAGAUUUUUGUUUUUUAUGUUACAAUAAAACAAAGAAAAUUAAGAGAAUAUAAAUCAAAGAAGCAUGAGAAAACUGUCACUUCUUCAUUCAUGUUUACACUUUUAUUUAUACACAGAUCACACAUGACCUUUUGGUGAAUGGUGAUGUUCGUAAUAACUGCUAACAUGGUGUGAUCAGUCAUCACCACGUUGAAUCAUAUACACACAAUAAUGUACUAAUAUGGAAAAAGAUCAUAUGGACCGCAUCUCUAUAAAGAUCGAAAUGUCAGACCUAAUUUUGACCCCAGUCCCCCCUUAACUCACUAAAUCCAGCAAUUAUUGCAAGAAAAAAAAUCAUUUAAUAUCUUCCGAGUGUCCAUGUCAUCCUUGGCAAUCAUAUUGCAACUUGUAUGAAUAAUUGGAAAAUAUUAUAUCGUUCUUAAUCUCCACUAUACUUGAGAAAUUUGUGAUUAAGGAGUUUAUUGUAUUAUUUAAAACCAUUAAAUGUUAUGUACUUGGCCUGAAAGCUAUAGUGAUUAGUUGGUUUUAGAUAUAAAAUAUUUGCGGUAAAAUGAGAUGUCAACCUACAAAUUGUCUUGAAGAGUAAAAUAAAAUUAUGAAGAAAAAUUAACACCUUCUUAAGAAUCCAAAACCAAAAUAUUAAGAACUGAUCAUAUAUAUGAAAUGCAUGUUUUCUUCACUUUUUAUAGAUACAUGUGUCUCAUAAUCUCUGGAAUUAAACUUGAGUCAUAAAAAACGAACCUCCGAAUACAUUAUACAGUCGACAGGUUUUUCAAAGUGCUUAUCCAAAGUGAUAAAGAUUCGUCAUUUCAAGAUAGUGUUUGCUGUUCGGUCUCGAGGUCUUGUUUUUUUCCAUGUAAACUCUCAAUUUCCAAGCUGGAUGGUUCAUGAGGGUAACUUUUUGGUAGUUACUUAAUAAGAUAUAGAGUUUUCGAUUUUUCGAUGUCACAAAAAAAAAAAAGAAUGGAAACGAUCUCGGUUUGAGGAUUAAUUACGUCAUCGCAUACCAAAUCAGUUUAAUUUAAUGCAUGGAAAUUGGAAACAUUACCAAACUAUUAUCAAUAGUUUUUUAACAGAAAUUUUAUAAAAUCUUGACAUCGGUGAUAAAUGGACGAGGGUCUUUAAUGACUCUCAUUAGCUCCCACAUUUGAUGCAAUUAAUGUAACUUUUUGCAGCCCUAGUUGUUCAUGCAAUUAUGUAAAUUAGAAAAUGCUGAACUUGUAAGACAAGAUGAUUUUGUGCUGUGCAAUGCUUGUUUUCGUUUUGUCUUAGCCACUGUAUCUAGGUUGCGGACGUUUCUCCAUCAUAGGACUGUACUUUUCGACCCCCAUUUUUGGGAUAAUUAAAAUUAAUAUAUAUAUAUAUAUAUAAAAGACAUGACAGAGCAAAAAUUAAAAGAGAAAAUCGUAGUUGAAAUUUGAGAUAGGUUUAGACAGAAAAAUACUAUGGAAAUUCACAUGGUAAACACUUGAAAGGUGAUAAAUCAACUUUUCAUUAGCGAUUUUCGAUAUCUAUGCGCUUUAAUAUUUGAACAAUGAUGACCAAAUUCCAUCUCUUCGCCGAAUUUAAGUUUAUCUUAUGGUAUAACUUUCAGUGAUUUAUACAACAAUAAACAGUUACGUUAUGCUACGGAUGUAUCAAGUGAUCAUGAUUAGAGAUCUAAUAUCGUGACUCCCUGAAAAAGGUGUGAUCGAUGUUAGGAAUCUUUUGUUUAGAUGCUAUAUAUGGCAUCAUGACUAGAAAAUGACGUAUUUCGUUUUCUAUGUACUACUUGGUAUAAAUACUAUUUAACCUUUUGCAUGAAAUUGACAUAAAUCACCAAAUACCAAAUUUUUGUGUGUGAAAAUAGUACCGCAGAAUAUAAAAUAUAGGUAUAUGAUUAAAAUGUUACUGGGCGGCCUAAGAUAUAAACAAUAUAUUUCGGCAUCCUUGGUAUCUAGUAAGCGACAGAAACUUGUUUAUCAUACACGUAACGUGGAAAAUACUAAUCCCUUUGUUUCAAUAUAAAUAAUAUUUUAGAAUGAGUAUUUUGUUUCAAUUUACAUGAAGUUUUGAGGUUUAAUGUUAAUUUUAACUUUAUUGAAAACUAUUCAGUCAAUUAAAUUUUGAACUUUUUUUUGUAAUUGGUUAAAUGAUUUUAAAAUUAUAUCUUUAUAUUUUUUUUAAAUGCAACUUGUCUUAAUCUUUGUGCACAAAAGUAAAACAUCAUAUUAUGAAAUAGAAGGAGUAUGAAUAUUGAAAAAGUACUAUGAAUACCAAAUCGAUUGAAAGAUUUGGUUACAGUUUUCUUGACUAACCUUAUAAUACACUCGCCCUCGGUUCAUCUAGUCUUUAAUCUGGGAUAUAAUAUGAUAUCUUUUUUUUUUUUUUUUUUUGAAAAUAAUAUAAUAUGAUAUCUUGCACGUAUCUUCAUUGGCUAAACUAUGAUAUCUUUCGUAUAGUGGCCUAAAUUUUUUUUACAAACAUUUUGGUCGGGAAUGUAACGUUUUGGGCGAUAGGAAUAGGAUCAUACCAAGAUAUGUUCAUCUAUCACAUAACAUGGGUACACGAUUUCUUUUAUUUAAUCCAACAAAAUGUAGAUCAUAAACGAAUUAUGAUUUAGCUUGUAUCAACAUAUCUAUACUCGACCGGGUGACUGUGGUCGAGUGGUAAGGAGACGGGGCUGAGACACCAACAUGUUUCAGGUUCGAUCCACCUGCCGCGCGAAACUAAGUCACAAUUAUCCUAGUCACCCAACACGGAUAUGGGCCCAUGCUUUAGGGCCCAUUUGAAUACCCGGAGAGAGGGUCUAUCCGUGGGCUGCACCUCCCCUUGGGGAUUAGUCUGGGCCUCUCCAUGGGCCUGGGAUACCCCCAGGUUAAUCAAAAAAAAAAAAAAAAAAAAACAUAUCUAUACUUAUAUAAAAUGCAAUGUUUGAUUUACAAUGUAAAUUUUACUAAAUAGUAAACAGAAAACUUAACUGAAACAAUUGGAUUCUUCGUGUUGGUUUAGUGGUAGACGAACUUUGGUUUGCUAAGCAAUCUGAAUUAAAAAAAAAACACUCCAUUAUAUUGCUCGUAUAGUUCCAUUGUUUAGAGUUCAUUUGAAUAUCCGAAAAGAAAAUGUAUAUGUGAACUGCAUUUUUUUUUUUGAAAAUUAAUCUGGAUCUUUUUAUAAUAAAAAACAAUUGGGCUCGUCUGUUCGAAUUUUUUAUUCUUAUUGGAAAUUAAAACAUUCAUCAAUUCACGAAACACAGAGAUAUGCUUGUCACAUUUUAAACGUAUGUUCCUAAUAGCAAUAAAAAAAGAAAAAAACGUAUGUUCCUAACGUAAAAUAACUAAACUGAUAGCCGCUAAAUGAGCAGCUCAAGUUUAAUCUUGUAAAACUCUUUCCCUGAUAAAACAAAUCUUUUAAUUAGUAUCUAUCACCCACUUCUUGACAAAUAAAUAAAUAGUAUAACACCCACUCACUCGUAGGACUAGGCCUACCACCUACGUAUGACCACACAUUCGUAUCUUUUAGAGAUUAUAACGUUAAAUUCUUUUGAGGUUACAAAUCUGCCGUCACAUCUGUCUCACCAAAGAAGAAAGAAAAAAAAAUCAUAUACUUGAAAAGAAAAAUAUUGGUUAGUAUAAAUGACACUGCAUUGCUACCCAGAUUCAGCAUAACCUUUUGUUUUUUAUUAAAACAAACAACUCAUAGCAUCCAAAGAUUCUUUUUUUUUUGAACAAAAAGAUUCUCUUAUUACCAAAACAAUUCCCACAACCACCAACAAGACAAAGAAAGGCAUUAUCCUAUGGCUUUUCCAUCUUCUUCAUCGUUCACAGUAGAUUUUGCGUAUGAAAAUGAAUUGGAUUUCUCGAGUUUGUUAACUCCUUCAACGUUAAUAUCAUUCCAAGAUCCUAAUCCAACAAAUCCGAUCAUUCAUACUGAAAACGACGGAAGACAAAGGAUCCGUGAGACGACCGUGACAGAUGAAAUCCCAAAAGAAGAUGUUGAGCCGAAGAACAAGAGAGCCAAACAUAGAGAGAUUGAGAGACAAAGAAGGCAAGAAGUCACGUCUCUUUUCAAGCACCUACGAUAUAUAUUGCCAGUUCAAUAUGUUAAGGGUAAGCGUUCUUCAUCAGAUCACGUUCACGAAGCUGUGAAUUACAUCAAAGACUUAGAAAAGAAGAUCAAAGAGGUCAGCGAGAAAAGAGAUCGAAUCAAGAGAUCUAUUACUCAUUCACCUCCAGCAGGAUAUUGUCCUAUAAGAUCAUUAGCAGCAUCGUGUUCGUCAUCAUCACUAUCAUCAUAUUGUUCUUGUGUUGGAGACACACAUAUCGAUGUUAAGGUGAGGACUUGUUUGGUCGGUAUCGAGAUAGUAGUAAGUUGCUGUUUCAGACACGAAUCUUGUCUCUCAAGGGUUCUUCAGCUUCUGGUUCAAGAACAAAGUUUUAAUGUUGUUAGUUGCAUCUCAACUAGACUGCAUCUAAGAAUCAUACACACCAUUGUCUCUGAGGUUGAGAAAGGAAUAGAGAUUAACUUCUCAGAGCUUCAAGAAAAGAUAAUCAAAAACAUGGGGACAUCGUGCUUUAAUUUUUAGAGCUGUCUUCAAUCAGAAGAAGGAUUUGUGAUGAUAUGCAAAUUAUAUGUCUUGAAUUAUGUAUUUUCAAAAUCAUAUAAAAUUAGAGACUUGUUGUUUAUUUUAAAUAAAUAUCUCUUAAUGUUUUUUUUGGGUCAAAAUCUACUUUAUUAAAACAGAAGUACACAUAUAGAUUAUUCCUUAGAGUUGCAUAUUAUUUACAACCAAAUGCCACUGAAAAUUUAAUUAGUUUAGCAUUAAUAAAUGCUGUCUUUUACACAAAUACUCAUAUUUCCUAAAAUAACUCAAACAACCGAGAUUGAAGUGAACAAAAUAUUAUAUGGAUAUGUUACUUUUUUUGCACGUAUACAAAAAUUUCCUUUGCCACCAUAUCAGUUAUUAUCAUAUUAUUUUUAGAUAAGUUUUGUACAAGCCCAAAUCAUUAUAAAGAUUGAUUUCAAUAAGGUGAUAUCGUGAUUGAAAACAGUGUAAACUUUAUGAAUAAUUCACAACAUUCUUAAAGAUUUGCUCAUAGCAACUAUCGAAUUUGCAUAUUGUCUUACAUCUAAUUUACUUUAUUUCAUCACCACUGAACAUCUACUACUUUUAUAAAUGGAAUUCCAAAACAAAAAUAUAUUAAAAAUCUUCAUUGGAAACAAAAUUCACAAACGAUCAAAAAUCUUGCAAAUCUUAGACUUCCCUAUAUAUUUGGUUCAAAUCAAAACAUACCAUAAACAAAAGAGAAAUACCCUAGGAUAAUUUCCGAAUGUUUACGGGUCUGCUUAUUUAAUGUAUUUUCCUGAUUUAAAUAAUAGAUUUUUUAAUUGAAUCUUAACCGAAAUAGAUUUCCCAAUAUAUUUCCUAAUAGAUUUCGUAUUAACAUAUUACAUAUUUUUUUAAUAUUUAUUAGUAAUAAAUAAAAAAAUAAAAAAAGCACACAUCAUAAUCAAUUUAUAUAACAUAUAAAUAAAAUAUAAAAUAAUUUAUUCAUAAAUUAUUAAUAUAAUGCUUUCACAAGUCUAAUUAGUUAUAAAUAUUACAUUUGUUUAUAUGAUGCACUGUGAUAUAAUCAAUUAAAAUCACAAAAUAUAAUUAUUAAAAAUAAUAAUUAAAAUUAUUAUGUUUUAAAAUAUAGUAUUAAAAAUUAUGUAAUAUAUUUAAAUUUAUAUAUAUAUAUAUAUAUAUAUAUUAUACCAUUAGUACAAAUAAAAAAAAUGAAAGUGAAAGUAAAUAUUUAUACGGUUACGUGUCAAACUCAAUAAAUAAAUAACAAUA